AUGGCGUCUAGGACGGAGGGCAUCGCGCUUCUAUCCGUGUAUAACGACGAGGAAGAGGAGGAGGAGGAGGAGGAGGAGGAGGAGGAGGAGGAGGAGGAAGAGGAGACGGAGAAGGAGGAGAAGGAGGGAGAGGGAGAGGGAGAGGGAGAAGGAGAGGAGGAAGAAGGGAUCGGAGGAGAAGAAAAAGCUGGGUACGGGGGCGAAGGCGACCUGAAGGUCUCCGAGGAUGGUGCCGCAUUGGGGCCUGACUCUGGAUCGGAGAAGACCCCUCCGGUUCCUCAGUCUGGAACUCCAGCCCUCCAAGAGGAUGAUUCGGGCCGAAAAGCCCUAGCGAGCCCCGGGCUCCUCACGCCCACACGUACACCCCCGUGGAAGCUCCAGUUUCGGCCUCCCACCGUGGAUUCUCAGAAACCCGCGCCGCAGGCUUCGAUAUCCGACGCUGUGGCAGUUCAGAGAAGCAGUAAGAGAUCCCUCACGAUUGUGGAUUACGCUCAUGACGAGACGGCAAUGUCUCCUGAUAACGAGGUAAUAGUUCUUUUUGCCUGUCAUGGAGCAUACUGUAAUUUGUGUGUUGAAUUGUGAAUGUUUCCCUUGGAGUCUUUCCGGAGGUGGCAUCUCUCCAGUUUUUUCUACGUAGUGAUAUAUUUCUCAAGAUUUCUCUUUACCCGUCUUCUUAUCAGUGUGUUUCAUGAAACUCUGGUAGGAGGGCGAAAUUCAGACCGGGGGACGUGUUGUCUUCGGAGCUGAGUUUCAUGCUUCAAUUGGUAUGGUUUCUGUUAACUGCUCAAUACUCGCAGUUGAGAUUGUUUUGAUGAGAUAUUUUGGACACAUAUUGACUUCGGAUCCUGGAGUAUUUUCUGUUACUUAAAAGAAAAAAUAUCCCUAUUCCUGUAUUUCUCUGGGAUAUUGUCGCUGGAUUUAAUUUUUGAUCCUACUAAUAUGUGUUAGCACUCUUUCACAAUAAUUCUUUUCAUUUAUGCUCAAGGAAACGUAAUGUAUUGAUACCCGCCUUGCAUGAAUCUUCAUCGAAUAAGUUGCUCGUUGGGUAAAUUGUAUUCGAUGCUCCUUGGCAAUAUAGUUUUCGUGAUCAGCUAUUGUGUGAGAAAGAAAUAUGGAAGAGCUAUCACUGAAAUUUAUGAAAUAAAUUUAUUGUUUUUGUUACAGAUGGACGUUUUUGGGACGAUAUCUGUUUCAGUGAUGAUUCCCUUCUCUUUGUUAUCUAAGUGAACAAUAUCUGAGCGCGGGUAUUGUUUGGAGUAAAUUUUUCUCAUUUGCUCAGACUGUGCCCCAAAGGAAGAAUUUACAUGAGAAGCAACUCCUUGCUUCUAUCUUUGCUCAUAUUACGAUUACCGGCAAAUGAGAUCAUCUGGAUUCUUAUGGCUCAAAUGGCUUGUAAUUAAUUUUGUUUUUCGUGAUUUAUGAAUGUGUCGAUUACUUGUGUGACCAUGCACCCACGUUUGAAAGAUAAUAUUCAGAGUAAAUUUCCGGUUCUACUGAAAGCAGAAAUUCUAGUGAGCCCAAAGUAUAUCUCUAUGAAAGCUAAUGAAAGUUGGGAAAAGCAGGUAAUGAUAAUUCCCUGGUUAUGAAAUGUGUAGUGCGACAUAGCGGAUAAUAGGGAAAGAAUAUGAUUUAUAUUGAUUUUUUAUUGGAGGUUAAAGCAUUAGUUGUGUCAUGCCAUUGGCAACUUUCAGGGGAUAAACAGGUUUGGUAGCUAUUUUAAACUGAGCCCGUUUGGGAUAAUUUCACCAUUUUCUAAACAGAUGAGGAAGUAGUACUCAUGAGAAUGAGUUGGAGGUAUCUCUCCCUACGACCUCUGCAGAGUCAACCUUUCUUUGGGCUAUUCAGCAGAACCAAAACUACUAUGCAUAGCAGACCCUGUCACACUUGUGGUUGGGAAUGAUACUUUUUCAGAGAAGAAACAAUUUAUUUUGAGAUUUACCUCUAUUUCCCAGUUUCCAUUUUCGUCAGUUUUGGGGAAUGCCUGAAUCAACCACAUUGAAUCAGUUUUUCUUCUCUGACUUUCUCUUUGUUUGCUGAUUACGGAUUAAUGAUUUAUUGCAAGAUUAAAUUUUAAGGUAAGGGAAAAACUCUUGAUUAUGGAUUAAUUUUGGGUUUGUACUUUAACUAUACUUUGUAAUGUGACUACAUAUAGUAAGUUUCUUCGUUGUCCUUUUUCAUGGAAUCGACUCAGUUUAUUCUACUUUCGUUUUCCAGCAGGCCUUUACAUUAUUUUUAGCUGUAGUUAAUACACAUCUAAUGCUCCUGGUUUUAACUGACCUCUUUUCUUGUUGUAUCUAUUUGUUAGGUCUAUUUAACUUGAAUAAAAGUUCUGUUUAACUUGUGUCAUGAUUUCAUCACGUUGUUACCAUUGAACUUCUUGAUGUUCACUAACAGGUCAUAUGGAAGAAAGAUUUUCGCCCUCAUCUAACCAGGCAGUGACAACAAGCACUCAGCUAUCCCCUCCACGACAUGCAGAACAACCUGCAGAAACAAGAUCAGAGGCAAAUACACCAGCAGAUAUGUUACAGGCAGAUCAAGAAAAUCUUCCAGUUGAAAUGGAUGUUGAUAUGGCUGAUGCAGUUCGGCAAGAGCAUGAUCAACUGAGCGACUUCCUUCCUUUGCCUGUUGCUGUGAAGUGUUCUGAAGAGCUGCAGGUUUUUCUUCCUCCUAGCUUAACUGAUUUAGUUCUGGUUAAAAAAUUAUUAAUCUAUAUCGCAUGCAAGCUGAAAUACUAAUUAUGUUCAAGUAUCCUAUAACGCGAACGAAAAGAACAGCUAAUGUUUUUCUGAUGUUCUUCUCUUGGAGUUUACGAUUUAAAUCAGCAGAUCUAGUCUCGUUCUAUUUCUACUUAUGCAUCGUACGUAUGCUUAUGUGAUUCAAGCAUAUCAGAUGUCAAAACAUUUCCUUCAUACAGCAUUAAACUAUGUACCACUUCGAGUAACAUAAAUCUGGUGGAACACAUGGCUCUGACCCUCAAAAUUUCGGACAUUUAGAUGAUUGACAUUCAACUUUAAAACAUUAUGUGAAUGUCACAAUUUUUCCUUUUUAUUAGGAACCGAAUUACGAGGAAAAAUUGGAAAAAUUGGUAAUGGAAGGCCAUGCGAAUAAUGAUAAUGAAUUGAGGGUUGAGAUGGUUUGGACGUACAUUGGAUGGACUGAAUGCAUCUAUAGUCACUAUCCCUUUCAAUGGAUUGACUUAAAAGCUGACUAGUGAUUCUUUACAUGUUGUAACUUUGUUCUUCUUCCCUCUAUAUUUAUCAAUCUACUUUCCUUAUUUAAUCUUCUUUUAUGAUUUCCCUUCAAAAUAAAGUUCCUGAUUUUUAUAUUUAUCCGCAUGUUCAAUUACUUAUUUCCUUUCUCUUGGCCGUGACAUUUGUCCCUUUUCCCGUUUUGUAUGAUCUUUUACUCUUAUUUUUAUGUCAUGAUACAGAUUUCUACUGGCUACCAGUAGAAACUGGCGACUUGCGCCUACCUUCCAAUGUUUCCUUUUCCACGGAGAGAUAAAUAUUUAGUUAUAUGACUCCAGAAAAGGGCGAUUGUCCUCAGGUUGACAGCUGGCCAGAAAUAAUUUUUUAAUGAUUGGGCCUUAUGCUAACCGCAAAUAGAUUGUUUAGGACUUCAUGGCGAUUACUAAGCAUGAAUGUAAGAUCUUUGUCUGGUUAACGUUUUCCAGUUGUCUCUCACAUUGUGUAUUAAGAUGGUGGUGAUAUUUCCCAUGACAUAAAAAACAAGAUGGAAAUAGCAUAAAGCAAGAAAAUGUAAGGACAUUUUUAUAAUCUGGAAAGUAUAUUUAUAGAUACUUUUGGUAAAAGGACAAAACUUAGAGCUUUUUUUCAACUAAGCAUUUUCGAAAGCCCCUCCCUCCAAUUUCCCCGCAGCCUCAAACAAUACACUGUUGAAUAUCACAGCGACUGCACCAGCUCGUGGAAUUACAGAACAUAGGUGGUGGCAGAGGUUGUGCAUUGGUGGUUCCCUUGUUUUUAUCACAUUUGUUCUCUCAAGUUAUCGUUUCUACCUUCCCCUCCUUUCAAAUCUUUAAGACGUCACUUAUUCCUUAUGGGUCGAUUUUUCGAGCUAUACACAUCACAUAAAUCGUAAACUUUAGCAAACGCUAAGAGCUCAUGUACUUCAGCUAUUGAACUCAUCUAACUAAGCACGUGUCUUCUGAAGUGGAUCGAGUGCUUCCCACGGGGCCAUGCUAAUCCAGUCAGGGCUGCAAUGUGAUUGACUAAAUCAGCUGGUUCACGGUGGAAGCCCAAUCCCAUUGAAAAUAAUGCAGGGUAAUUUUAUAGUGUAAAAGUGUGUACUGCAAAUACUUUUAAUAGUUAUAGCUAGAAUGAAUUUUUUAAUUUGAGAUUUAAGCAUAAUGCCAAAUCGAAAUCUCCCCCUCGUCCGCAACACCAAUUUCUCAUGCUCAUCAUAUUUUAAAGAAAGUUAUAACUAGUUUCCUGAUAUCAGUUGGUGGUCGUCGGCAUUGAGUCUUUCUUAUUCCUCUUCCUGUACUGUUUCCUUUUCCCUCGUCUUCCUUAACUCUUCCUCUUCUUUCUGUAGUUAAGAGGUCUUUUCCAGCGGUUUGAUUUCUAACCAGUUCCUUUUUUCUCUCUUACAAAUUUCAAACAGAAUUUCAUGACUUACCUUGAAUUUGGACUGUGCAUGGCUGAUGAGAAUUGCAAAAAAUUCCUACUGUGGCUGGGUCUCGUUGGUGCGGUCUGUUAAGGCGAAUUUUUACCUCAUUAAAAAAAAUUUAUUACUUAAUAAGGCUGUACAUUUCUUACACUCCACCUUUUGUAUCCUUCUUAAGUUCACUGAGCUGAUCAGAAUUGGCCCAAUUUUUUCUGCUCUGGCUGAUUAUAUGAUAUGCCCUAUUGAGGAGAUCCUAAAGUAUUUCAGGGGAGAAUCCAAUCGUUAGUUUCAAUUAAUACGAGAAAGCCUCAGUUAGAAAAGUAACUCAGACAAUUUCUGAUUAAAGCUCUCUUCUUCUAUUGUCCAUUAUGCUAAAAGAUGGAAGAGAAUCUAAUGAGUCGAAUGAUAGAGAAGAAAUAACAUAGAAACCUUCCACAAUCACAGCAGUCAACAAUAAAGAGAGGGACGUGUGAUUCAUGGGAAAUAUUGGAUUACAAGAAAAAUGGGUCUGAAAGUAUUUUUCACUGAACAUAGUAUAAAGUCAACUUCAAACAAGGAAAACAUCAGAAUGCCGAUGGCAUUUAUUAAACAUAGACAAAGUUUUAUCCAAAACUUGUUUUGACUUUUAUUGGUUUGACUUCUUAGUAUUCUUUCACCAAUUUGAGGUCCAACGUAGGUCCAUAAAUUAUGAGCAUUUCCUUUUCUUGGAAUAUGAGAUGUAGAGAGGUUCAACACACCCUCUUCUUCAAUCUAAUGGUGGCUGUAUGGAUGCUUCAUUUUCUUACAGUUCCAUUUUUUCUGUCAACAAUAAUGUAGUUUCAUGAGCAUAUUAAGUCCCUAUUGCACCGUUACAUAUUCGUAAUGAAGGGUGGUAAUCUGCUGAGAAGAUUUAAUGCAUUUGAAUGUUUUUUUAAACCAAUUUUUUACAAAAGAGUUGGCAGUCAACGUCAUUGGCACAUAGUCAGAUGAAUAUGCAGUUGACUUCAUUAGGACAGGGUCGUGCUGAUUCACGUGCUGCUAUUUUUUGAUCAUUUAACACGUACAUAAAUUUCAGCUAUUUACAUUGCUUGUUGUUUAUCCUUGUUCUGUACAGUAAAAAUAAUAAUAUAAGAUGAAAGACAGUGUAUAGUCUCAUUUCCUUGGUUUAGCUUUCGCAUUUUAAUAGUUUUCAUUUUUUUUACCAUUUUUCUUUUUAAUCAUAGGAGAAGAUAAACAAGUUCCUUGCUUACAAGAGGGUUGGAAAGAGUUUCAAUGCCGACCUGCGAAAUAGGAAGGAUUACAGGAACCCAGACUUCUUGCAGCAUGCUGUGACAUAUCAAGAGAUCGAUCAGAUGGGGUCUUGCUUCAGCAAAGAUGUCUUUGACCCUCAUGGGUAUGACAAAAGCGACUACUAUGAUGCGAUAGGUCAUUGUCAGUUCCUUUCAAGUUUCAAUUCUGCCCCUUGCUGUUACUUUAUGCAUUAAUCUUUUCAUAGAACAUGUUUUUAUUUCCCUAGAUUCUUUCUUUAUUUUUCUUAUAUAUUAUCUUUACUCGAAUAAUGUGAGAUUGCUGAAUCAAUUCUUACCCAUGAAAAAUCAUCAGCACUUUUAAUUUUUAUUUAUUUUCUUCCCUCCCAUAAAAGGAACGAUUCUCUGUGCUUUGGCAUCAAUUGGAGACUAUAUUCAGUCUCUAUUCAGUGAAAGAAGAGGCAUACGUUCAUCCAGUGCCAGGUGUGAUAUUUAAAUGCUGUUGGAUAUUGGAUUUGUCUUCCCCUAAAUGCCAUAAACUAGGAAAGUAGAAGUAGAGAGAGAGAGGAUUGAAGUUCACUGGGGUUCAACAAGUUCUUACCAUGGAUGGCCUCCUGAAUCCUUUUUUGGUGGACUGGGAUUGAUGCCUUCUCUGAUCACUUUCAAAAUUUGGGCAUGGUUUCUUCUUUAUUUCGAUGAAGAAGCUGUCGUAGAGAGAGAAGAGGGGGGUUGCUAUCUACUGUAGGCUCUCUCCCAAACAGAACCCUUCAGCGGUUUACUAUAAUAGGAAAUGAUGAAAGCCAGAUCCGAUGCUGUAUGAUUAGCUGUUGUUGGGUGGCAUUCUAGACUGAAUUUAAUGGUGAAAAUAUAUGAGCUUGUUUGACUCAUAGCUGAUCAAUUCAUCAUUUUUCAGAAGCGAGCCAGUCCAAGUCCAAAUUAGUCGCCCCGGUUUUUCCUUUGACUUUUAAUCGAUUCUGUGUGCUGUUACAUGACUGUUAAAUGUUUGUCGGCAUUUUCUAAAAUAAGGUUGCAUAUUCUGGUUGCUUAUUCCCCCACCUGGUGGAGUCCCAAUGUUGAUUGAUCAGUAAAUGGAGAAUGCUGACUGCUCCAAGAACUUGACUUUCCAGUUAUGCUCCUCGUUGACCUUCGUUUGUGCUUUGAUAGAGGCUGAUAUGAAGCGGGAAAUUGAGAGAAGGGAGCAGGAGAGGAAGAGAAGCCCUAAAGUUGACUUUGUUCCUGGGGGCACCCAGCCUGCCAUGGCCAUCCCGGCACCAAAAGUCAGUGCACAGUUACCUGGUAACGAAUCCACUCCCCUUGUCUUCUUCAUCGGCCAUUAAUGGGUCUCGACCAGCUUGGGCUUCCAUUCUCACCCAUCCCGUCUCCAUGUUUCCCUUGUGUUUCAGCUGCUGCUGCUGCUGCCGCCGCUGCUGCUGCCGCCGCCGCUGCUGCCGCUGCAACUGGGGCCCUGGCGUCGGCUGCUGCAGCUGCUGAGGCUCCCUCAAGAGAUGGCAGGCAGAGCAAGAAAAGCAAGUGGGACAAGGUCUGCUCCUCACCUCACAGGAUGGAUGGUUCUUCUCUUUUUCCCUUGCAGAUUUCCAAACCAGGAGGAUUUCAUGGCAUUUCUGUGCGUUUUGCCUGUGACAGAUUGAUACUGAUCUCAGAAAUCCUUCGUCCACCGGACUCGAUGCUGCCGGUGUCCAUGCAGCCAUGCUAUCAACCACAAGCGCCGGUGGUGGAUAUACUGCUUUCGCGUAAGCCUCUCUCUCCUCUCUCUCUAUCUCUAUCUCGAUCUAUUUAUCUUCUGCAAACUUGGCUUGAUUUUUAAAAGCCCUUUACAAGGGCUGAUCUUUUCCUGGGUGAAUUCAUACCGAUCGAACUGCUGCGACUUGCAGGCAGCAGAAGCGGAGAGAAGCCAUGGAGAAGUCUAGUGAGAGAAAGUUUGACAAGAGAUCAUGA